ACCGAGAGAGAAGGGAGGAGAGAAAGGAAGGGAAGGAGGAGGAGAAUGAGUAGACUAGGUUUAUAGAAUAAGCGUCCCCUAUGAACACAAGGAAUGACAGUCCUGCUUGCAUCACAGGUACAAACGCCUCCGAUUGGUUGAAGCACAGUUCUGAAGGAGAAGACAGAGGAAGGACUUCAAGGGCCUGAGCAUGCGCUAUUGUGUCUCCAGUCCGUACAUAUGUAAGACAAAAUCCUUCUGUAGCUAUAGACAUUGCUGUCUGACAUCCACUGUCGUGGUAGACUACAAGAAUAGGUAUUUUCUACUAAGAACUGGACCUACACACAUCUAGAGCUCCUUUCGGUUUCAUUUUAAGGUUCUUUUCGGGUUUAGCUUUGGCUGUAGCCUAUCCAACCCUAACCUCACCGAAACGGGGACUCUAACCCUGACGGGAAUCGAGUCCUGUCGGUUCUCCUUCCCCAGGGCAGUAGAUGACACAGUCCUGGACCAUGUAAGGGAGCUGAAGGAUAAAUCUGCAGUGUUUCUACCAGAGCGAGAGACUAGAGGAGCGAGGGAAGAGGAGGAAGAUAGAGGAAUGGGCGUGGGGAAGAAUACCACCUCUAUGUCGAUGGAGGGAGGAGAAGGGGCAAAGUAUGAGGAGGAGAACAAACACAGCGCAGACUUCUACCCCAUUCCGGUGGUGGUGAACGGAGUGGAACAGGCCGCUGGAGAGCAGGACACUGAAGACACUGAGCUGAUGGCCAUCUACACUAAAGAGAUCCAGGAAGGAGAGAAGAGUUCCAUGUCAGACACGUUGGACAGUGCAGACAGUAUGGACGCCAGGAGAAUGGACAUGAUCUACACCAUCGAAGACACACCUCCCUGGUACCUGUGUAUAUUCCUGGGCUUACAGCACUACCUGACGUGUUUCAGUGGUACCAUCGCGGUGCCGUUCCUGCUAGCUGAAGCCAUGUGUGUAGGGUUUGACCAGUGGGCUACCAGUCAGCUCAUAGGAACUAUCUUCUUCUGUGUGGGAAUUACCACCCUGCUACAGACUACACUGGGCUGCAGGCUUCCUCUGUUCCAGGCAAGUGCAUUUGCCUUCCUGGCUCCCGCCAGAGCAAUCCUGUCACUAGACAAGUGGAAGUGCAACGCUACAGUGGUUCCGCCAAUGUUCAACGAAACCGAGCUGUUCAACACUGAACACAUCUGGCAUCCCCGAAUACGAGAGAUCCAGGGGGCUAUCAUUGUGUCGUCUCUGAUAGAGGUGUGUAUCGGCUUCCUGGGGCUUCCAGGACUCCUGUUGAAAUACAUCGGCCCUCUGACCAUCACCCCAACCGUGGCCCUCAUCGGCCUUUCUGGCUUCCAGGCUGCAGGGGAAAGAGCAGGGAAACACUGGGGCAUCGCCAUGCUGACUAUAUUCCUGGUGUUGUUGUUCUCUCAGUAUGCGAGGAACGUACAGCUUCCUCUGCCCAUCUACAAGGCUAAGAAAGGAUGGACCUCUUAUAGAUUACAGCUCUUCAAGAUGUUCCCCAUCAUCAUGGCCAUCCUGGUGUCAUGGCUGAUCUGUUUCAUCUUCACUGUAACCAACGUUUUCCCGCCGGAGAAAGACAAGUAUGGUUACUACGCCCGCACUGACGCACGCCAGGGGAUACUGGCAGCUGCACCUUGGUUCAAGAUCCCCUACCCCUUUCAGUGGGGUGUUCCUACGGUAACAGCAGCAGGGGUGAUAGGUAUGUUCAGUGCCGUGGUCGCUAGCAUCAUCGAGUCUAUCGGGGACUACUAUGCCUGUGCCCGACUCUCCUGUGCCCCCCAACCCCCUGUUCACGCCAUCAACAGGGGUAUAUUUAUGGAAGGUCUGUCCUGCGUGUUGGAUGGGCUGAUGGGGACAGGAAACGGCUCUACUUCCUCCAGUCCUAAUAUAGGCGUGCUGGGCAUCACUAAGGUAGGCAGUCGGCGUGUGAUCCAGUACGGUGCUGCUAUGAUGCUGCUGCUAGGGUUGGUGGGUAAAUUCAGUGCGUUGUUUGCCUCCCUGCCUGACCCUGUCUUGGGGGCGCUGUUCUGUACCCUGUUUGGAAUGAUCACAGCUGUGGGACUGUCCAACCUGCAGUUUGUAGACCUCAACUCCUCCAGGAACCUCUUUGUUUUGGGCUUCUCAAUCUUCUUUGGCCUGGUGCUGCCCAGCUAUCUCAAACAGAACCCUCUGGUCACUGGUAUAGUGUCGCUAGACCAGGUGUUGAACGUGCUCCUGACCACAGCCAUGUUCGUAGGGGGGUCAGUGGCAUUUGUGCUGGAUAACACUAUCCCUGGUACCAGGGAGGAGCGAGGGAUCGGGAAGUUGAAGCGAGGGUCGGGACCCAGUGCUGCGGAGCUGGAGGGAAUGAGAACCUACGACCUCCCGUUUGGCAUGGACUUCCUGCGUCGUCACACAGUCUUCCAAUACUUCCCCAUCAGCCCUACCUUCAGCGGCUACCAGUGGAGCGCGAUCCGCAAGGCCUGCAGACGUAGGGGUGGACAGGGGGAGGCAGGGAAGGAAGCAGAGAUGAAGAGAGUCACAGAACCAGGGGAGAGCGGGGUAUAGCAGACGGGUAGGAACGGGGUGGAGGGGAGGGGGAAGGGAUGGAGCUUGGAACCAUGGAAGGGAGGAGAGGGAUGGAAGGGAGGGGUGGAGGUUUUUGUGUUGUGUCAGUGCAGUGUGACAUGCUCAACCCUGUCUUGUAUGUCUGUGUGUCUGUAGAACUCCCUGUUUAUGCCCUAUCCAUGCUGUUAUUAGCAUGUUAUAACAGGUGACAUUAGCGUGUUAUAAUGUCCUUCUAGAGGAGGGUUCAGGUGGAGUUGCAACGCUCUCGUCUCUACCUAGUAUGUGUGCAUAAGAGCAGUGUAUUAGACAGCCCCUUUAUUGAGGUCCCUGUCUUCCCAAUACACUAUUUCUACUGGGUCCUUAAGUUCAAGCACUUAUUUUCAAGGUCAACCUGUCUACAUUCAUUCCAAGAAAUAAAAGGUUUCUUCUCAGCCGUUGAACCAAAAUACUCUUAAUAUAUUACACUCCCAGGGGCUCCGCGUGCAUUUGUGUGUGUGUAUGCCAACCCAUGACAUUGUGAUGGGGUUGUGUGUGUCACUUGCACUGGCGCAUUCCCUGUUUAAGGACAGAGAUGGACAGUAUCUAAUUUACAACAAAUGUUCUUAAGCUGAAUCGUUGACACCUUACAGACCCAAUGAGAAUCAGACGAAGCUAGUCAGUCAGCCCUGUUUAGCAAACCUACACUGCCCACGGUGGUUAUGGGAAAUGUAGUCCUGUUGAAAGGGAACUGGAUUAAAGUUGGAGAGGCUUGAUGCACAUUAAACUAAUAAUUUGCCUGCACACUACAUUUACACACGCACACUAGCGAGCACAAGCUUAAUUGCAUGCAGAUAGUGUAGAUGCAAGUGGCUUGUCAAAUGGCAAACCUUAGCCAUGCAAAAUGAUUGAUCUUCAUUUUGCACUAUUAGUGCGAAGAGUUAAUGCACAGAAUGUUAGUUGAAACCUGCUUCUCUAAUUGGCUUCUACCCACAUAACACGGCCACACUUCAAACACAACAGUUCAGACAAUGUCAUCCACUGGACGUAGGGCUCUCAGUCCCGUAGCCCUAGACACUUUUCCUGGUGACCUAGUCCUAGACACUUUUCCUAGUGCCCUAGACACUUCUAGGGCCCUAGCCGUAGACAUUUCUAAAUGACCUCUCAUAGAUCUGAAGGAGAAUGAAUGUCAGUAUCCUGGUAAAAGCUCAUUCUAGCCCUCUAAAGGGAUAAUUGAAGCUUGUACCACUGAUUACGGAGUCUGUUUCUUUCAAUCCAGCAGGUGCCAUGAAGAAGUGUUUAGGUCAGGGGUAAGAGCUGUGGAUGAGGUCUUGAUUUAAGACUGGGACUGUUGAUGUUCACCCAGUCAGCUUGCAAGCCUUACUGUGUCAGUAUUAUCUUUAGCAUCGUUAACAAAUGCCACCAAAACCAGCUCUCUCCUGAACGCAUACACCCUCAACCAGCUGCUGUUAUUACAACUGGAAUUAAUACAGCAUUUGAAGGUUGACUUAUAAACUGCUUAUAAGCCAUUAUUGCAUAAUAUAACUAGUAUUAACUGCUUACAAGUCAAUGUAAGUUUUUUAUUGAAAUGUAACAUUUAUUAACAUGUAUUACCUGUAAGGACCUAUAAUCAUAAAUCAUGAAAAACAGACUAUACAAUGUAAUAGUUUAACAAUGUUCAUGAGCAGUUCAUAAGGACACUUUCAAAACCUUUUUACGUUUGUACUAUGUUUAGAGAGGCUACACCGAUUUAGCGCGAAGCAGAAUGCACUUGGUUAGCUAGUUGUGCGAUCACAACGUAGUUUUUGAAAUGCAGACCUUUUUCUAUUUCACUGAUGUUCUUCAUUUUGUUAUUGUGUUCGGUUCAUACUUAGUCUAGUGUUCUGUGGUGUUUGUGAGCACAUUCAUGGUCAUAUAGGUGGUGUGCCCACAGCCUAAGUGAAGAUCAUGCUAUGAUAAAGGCUUGCAUGCAGAUUCACACCAGUGCAUGGUUUACAAAGGAAGGAAAUGGAGAGACGCUCCACAGAUUUAGCUAGGGAAAUUACCAGAAAGAUGCUUUGAAAUCAUUUCUACCCAGAUGCCUGACAAAGUGAGAAAUGGUGAGAGAAAAGAGGUGAUUUUUAUGGUACCAAUCCUCUCCCUGAUCGCUAUAGGCUCCCCUUCCCUCUGCUCUGUCCUACUCUGAUACAGGUGUCAGAGGUCUACACUACUGUUCUGUUCAAGUGAACACAUUGUUUGAUUUACAGACACCAUAGCAUAGUCUUCAAGUUUAAUGGUUGUGGGGUAGAGUGUAUUUGAUGAUGUUGAUAGGGGUGUCCUGGGGGUAUUUGUUCACAAUGGCUCACAGACUACAAUCUUGUCCUGCACCUAUUGAUUCUGUCUAUUGUUCUACUAUUAUUAUGAUUGAUACUGGUGUCAUUAUUCGUGUUGUUGGCAUUGUUCACGUGUUUUGGUUCUAUGUGCCGACCCCCAAUCCCCUCUACAUCACUCACUUGCCUCACCCUCCCUUCUUCCAUCCUCACAUCAACUGUAGGAACCUGCAGCUCAACUUCAAAUACAACUUUAUUUAUAGUUCCUGUAACAUACAGUACAGGUCACACCUCACAAGUUGAAUGUCCUCUAAUGACUGACUACACAUUCAGUGGACCAGUAAAUAUCACUCAAGACUAUUGCCAGGUAGUGCUCCCUGACUGUGUGUGUUCACAUGUUUCAGAGCUGGGUUCAAGUCAAGAAUUCAAAAACUGGGGGUGCAUCAGAAAUGGCACCCUAUUCCCUAUAUAGUGCACUGUACUACAUAGAGAAUAGAGUGCCAUUUGCGACACAAUGAGUGUGAUUGACAUGGAGAUGACCCUCUGGAACCUCUGCUAUGUGUGUCUGGCCUGGAGCGCUGUGUUUUACUGUCUGAGCCGUCAUCUAUAGGAAAGCCAUGGUUGAUUGUUGGGGUAGGGUUGAAUUGGGACUCCUCCUGGCCAGUAUUGUUCUCUAUUAUAAGCCUACAAAACAUAGUUAACUUAAAAAGAUGCACAGAUAUGCAUAAUGAUUGAUCUUUGCAGAACCAAAAUGCAAAAGAAGCACCUGUCCUUUCUUCAUUCUUUUUCAUCAACUAUGUCUCUUACUCUUCUCUUUGCUGCACCAAAACAAUGAGUGGCGAUAGUCACUGGUUCAGACAUGUAGAAAUGUAAACCAUUUUAAGUAACAUUUCAAAUUGACUUGGAUUUUUCAUGUUUUUAUUUAUUUAUUUGUGAUUAGUAAGAGUCUGUUUAGUGGGAUGUAUGUGAAGCCAAUUUGUGUGCCAUAUGCACAUUGUCAGAAAGACAUUAGUUUUGAGUUUACUUGUUAGUUUACUGGCCUUAUUAGAAUGUUUUUCAGAUUUUCCACUGAGAUACUGAUAUUGUUAGUCCCCACAGGCAGCAGGUUGAUGUUACCUCUGGAUACUGAUCACAGAUCAGUUUUGUGUUGUCUCCCUUAAUGAGUGUGGUUAGAAUUUGUUGUGACUGGUCCUAUCUGUGCCUAAGGACAACUUAUACAACAAGCUCUGAAGGGAGAGGCUCCAGCGUGUACUCUUUAGAACCUGAACAGAGAAAAGCAACAUUCUUACUAAGAUCAUAUAAUCACACAUGGUUCUCUUACAAGAAGUCAUUCCAUGCAUGUUGUAUUUUUAUGAAAACCCUUUUGAACUGGACAUGGCUCAGUUAGGGACCCAGGGUGAGGGAAGAGGUUGAAGAGAGGGCAGUCUAGAACAGGGGUUCUCAAACUUUUUAGGUCUUGGGACCCCUUUUGUGAUGCCAAAUUUCAGGGACCCCCUCAUAAUCAGAACACAACUCAAGUGAGCUGAACAUUUGCAUACAAGGAAGAACCAACUCUUGAACCCUGAAAAGGAACAUUUUAAAGGCCCAUCUCUUGGCAUCAGAGAGAUAAUGUUGCAGUUUUUCAAGCAAAUUUCCUGCAAUUCUACACAUUUUGUCAUGGGGAAGAGAUUGUUUGUGUUGCAGAUUUAAAUCGAAUAUCCUGAAGUUCUAUACAUGUUGCCAUGAAGCAUGUUUUUUUGCUGCAGUUUUAAAGCUUAAAUUACAGUGCAUUUUAAUAUAUUUUAAAAAAUCAUUUUUGGGAAUAAAAGGAAGUAAUUGACUUGAACAAAUUUACUGUGGAUACCAAUAUCCCUGUGAGCCUCCCAAACCCAUGUUGCCAAGAGUUAAUAACAAAUUAUAUUGUUACAUUUUAUUAUAUUGUAUUACACCCUCAACUUAUUCCAUGGAUCACUUGGCCAAAAUCUGUUUAAUCAGUAAUAUUCAUUAAAAAAAAUGGUCAUUUAAAUAUUUAGUUUGAUAUGUUUUGAAAUCUGUCCACGGACCCCUUGCAGUACCGCCGCACCCCACUUUGAGAACCCCUGGUCUAGAAGAUCUGUUCUAAUAGCAGGGUUCUGAGAACACCUUUAACAUUUUGCUGUAAACAGACUAACUAUUUUCAGUGUGUGGAGAGAAGAGGGUAGUCAAUGGUUUUGUAGUCUUUUGAAAGGAGAUGGGGAGUGGGACAGGAGGGGUGUAUUCUGCCACUUGUGGUGAAAUAACUUUGUACACACAUGCAUAUUCUAUAAUGCAAUUUCUAUGACGUCACCACACACUAAUGCAACUAGCAGAGAUUCCCCUCCACACCUGCAGUGCAAAUAUGGUGUAAGUGUCCUCUCCGUUUUAGUGUACCUAUAUUCUCUAUUGAAAUGGCGAUGUUGAAUGCAGGAAUAGACACUGGUUGGCCACUAAGAGUCUGUGGAUCCAGGGCAAGGUUCAGUGAUCUAAGGUCAGUUUUGCAUUCCUCCAGACUAAUGCUUAGUGUUAGGAUUUGGGGUGGGUAGACUGUUCCUAGAUUGGUGUCAAGGGCAUUUUUCACCCAAAGUGCUGAUCGGUACUUAGCUUGUUUUGACUUUGAUAUCUUUAGUUUGUAUUGAAUGGACCUCCUUGGUGCCGAUAGAUUCUUCACACAGCAUGGAUAGUAAAAAAAAACUUUCAAAAAACGGAAUUAUACCCAUAAAACUGUUAAAUAUAACUACAAUAUAAACCAGGGGUACAUCUUAAAUGGUUUACUAUUUCCCAUGUAGAGCACCACUGACUCUGGAAAGUAGUGCACUAGGGGAGUAGGGUGUCAUUUGAGCUUCAGCCCAUAGCUCACCUCAUGUGAGCCAAUGCCUCACCUCUGCAUGUGCUUUCUCACUCAAGGUCAGGAGGUGUAUGACACAAAUCUAUCCCUUUCAGUUAUUUUGAAGGGGAAGCUACCUGAAGAAUAUGCUUUUUGUCUUGUGUUUUAUCUUUUCCAAUGUUUUCUUGUUUGUUUUUUAUACAUAAUUUUUGUUUUUACAAAGAUGUUUGUAAGAAAAUAAAUCAUGCCUUUUUAAUCUUAAAUUGUCAUGCUGCAAUGCGCACCAUUUUUGUUACAUUUUUAUUUAAUAAACAAAAGAUACAUUUUUUUUUCUAUUUCAAAUCUGUAGUUUGGUGGAAUACUUUUGCUAGCUGGACAUUUUUUCAUAUUGUAUUUUUCUAACAUUGCUUCCUGUUAUCAAGUUAAUACAGUAUCAGUACAAAUUGAGGGAGCUGACUUUAAACAGAUGUAUAAAUAUAUAUUGAAUUGAGUACAAUGUGCUAAGAAACUUCUGGACCAGGCAUUGUGUAUACUAACAGUAGCAACAAAAUGUUAUUCUUUGUUCCUAAAGCUAUUUAAUAAGAUGUUACAGAAUCA